GGCGCUGGGCAUGCCGGGUAAGUGGACGCGGCCAUCUUGUCUUCCUGUCAGGGGCUGAAGGAGAGAGCGCGGUCAUGAAGCUGAUCAGCGGCGCCCGGUUCCUCUCUAGAAGGCUGUACUCUGCAACAGCAGCUGCAAAGCCAGAAGCUGCCGGAGGAGCACGUCUUCUGCCCGAGGAACUAGAGAUCACAAAGUUGCCAAAUGGGCUGGUGAUUGCAUCUCUAGAAAACUACUCCCCGGCUUCUAAAAUUGGAGUGUUUGUAAAGGCUGGAAGCAGAUACGAAAAUGCUAACAACUUGGGUGUUAAUCAUGUGCUGCGCCUUGCCUCUAACCUGACUACAAAGGGAGCCUCUUCUUUUAAAAUAACCCGAGGUCUAGAAGCUGCUGGUGCAGGAUUAAGUGUAACAUCUACCAGGGAAAACAUGGUCUACAGCGUGGAAUGUCUGAGAGACUACGUUGAUACUGUGAUGGAAUAUCUCAUCAAUGUCACUACGGCCCCGGAAUUUAGAAGAUGGGAAGUGUCUGGCCUUGAUGGACGGAUAAAGCUUGAUAAAGCUCUGGCUCAUCAAAAUCCACAAGUUGGUGUCUUGGAAAACCUACAUGCUGCAUCUUACCGAAAUACACUUGCUAACUCCUUGUAUUGUCCCAACUACAGAGUUGGAAAAGUAUCACCUGAUGAGCUUCAUCAGUUUGUACAGAAUCACUUUACAAGCGCAAGAAUGGCACUGGUUGGAUUAGGCGUCAAUCAUUCUGUCCUUAAACAAGUUGGAGAGCACUUCCUUAACAUCCGAAGUGGAGCGGGUUCUGGGUCGGUGAAGGCUCAGUAUCGUGGAGGUGAGAUCCGAGAGCAGACUGGAAACGAUCUUGUCCAUGCUGCUGUUGUUGUAGAAGGAGCAUCGGUAGGAAGCCCUGAAGCAAAUGCUUUUAGUGUCCUCCAGCACGUCCUGGGUGCAGGACCUUACAUCAAGAGGGGAAGCAACACCACCAGCAAAUUGUAUCAAGCUGUGUCCAAGGCAACUAAUCAGCCCUUUGACGUAUCUGCAUUCAAUGCCAACUAUUCAGAUUCUGGUCUUUUUGGAGUGUACGCUAUCUCGCACGCAGCUACGACGACUGAUGUGAUUAAUGCUGCAGUUAACCAAGUGAAGACUGUUGCACAAGGCAGUAUCACAGAAGCUGAUCUUACAAGAGCCAAGAACCAGCUGAAAACGCACUACCUGCUGUCUGUGGAUAAUUCCUCUGGGCUGCUGAAUGAGAUUGGCUCCCAGGCAUUGGCAUCCGGCUCUUACUCAUCACCAGCUGCCAUCCUCCAGAAAAUAGAUGCCGUAACCAGCGCUGAUGUUGUAAAUGUUGCAAAGAAGUUUGUUUCUGGAAAGAAAUCUUUGGCAGCUUCCGGAAACUUGGAAAAUACCCCUUUUGUUUCUGAUCUGUAACGUCCGUCCAGGAAGUCACCUGUAUAAAAUCCAGACCACUUGCUAAGAUUUGACUAGUGGACCCUUUAAGUUGACGUCUUUGAUCAACACCAUGUAACGUGAAUUAUUUAUGACAGCAAGCCAUACAUGUAAAUGCUCACGUGGAAUCAACAAAGGCUUCAGAUCAUGAUUUCUUGGGGGAUGAGCUUGUGUGUCUGUGUGCUGGCAGCAUAACAUACAAUAAAAGAUUACUGUUUCUA